CAAGCACUGAGAGGAACAUCUCGUCAUGCACUGUCAGAUCCUCCUGCCCUACUGAAUUAACCGACAAUGGCCACUCAAGCUUUUUUGGUUUCUUCUUCUGCAAUUCCAAGCGAAAGCAUUCCUCACCAAACCUGCAACGUGUUCACAUACAAGGAGGCGGCUCGGGUCCUUUUUCCCACCUUCUACAUCAUCGUACUUGUCAUUAGUGUCUCAGGCAACAGCCUGGUCUUGUACAUUACUUGCCAGAAAAAGCAGAAGUUCAACUCCACAUCGCUGUACCUGAUCAACCUGGCAAUCUCUGACACCCUCUUCACUCUUGCUCUGCCUGGUAGGAUUACCUAUGACAUCCUUGGUUUCGACUGGCCCUUUGAAGAAGCCCUCUGCAGGCUGACUGCCAUGAUCUUCUAUUCCAACACAUACGCUGGCAUCGCUUUCAUGACCUGCAUCAGCAUAGACCGCUACCUGGCCAUGGUACACCCACGCAGGUGCCUGAGGCUCAGGAAUGUGAAAGUGGUGCGAGGCAUCUGUGUCCUGGUCUGGGUAAUUGUUCUUCUGAAGACAUCUCCUCUGCUCUUCAGAACCAUGAUGAAGAAGUGGGAUGAGCAUCGCACAUGCAUGGAGUACUCCAGUUUGAAUGAAUCUCCAAAGAUGCCAUAUGUGCUUCUGUUUACCUGUGCCACUGGGUUCUGCGUUCCACUGGGACUCAUCCUUGGCUGCUACAGCCAGAUCAACUCUAAGCUUUCCAGGAUGGCCAAGGAGAAUCCCAUGACCAUUGCCAUCAGAGAGAGAGAGAACUUCCCUACUGUGCGUGCAAAACAAGUGUUAUUUUGUUUUGCUGAGCGCAGGGCCCGCGUGGUGUGA